AUGAGACCGCCUCCUGAUGCAACAUCCUGUAGUAGAAGAGUGCUGUCAUGCGCGCGCUGUAGAAAACGCAAGGUCAAGUGUGACCGUCGCUUACCAGUCUGUUCUCGAUGUGAGGCCGCCAAGGCAACAUGCACUGGUGUUAGCACUGUCGACAGCGAGGCUCAAGUCCCACGCAGCCUGGUCCAGUUUCUGGAGUCACAGAUAGCCCAGUGGGAGAUUGAACUCCAAGCUCAAAAAGACAACGGCCUUGUCACUGGAUAUGACAACCUGGAGAGUCAGGGAGACAAUUCCGAGAAUCUCCCUGCGAGAGAGGAAGAUGGCUUCCACCGAGAAAAUGGGGACCCGCUGGCCAUACUGUCACAAGCGGCAGAGACGUUCGAAGAAACCAGGGUUGUAGAGACAACUGGCGAUCUCGAAUCAAGCAUCAUUCGAAGCUCAGAAUUCCGAUCGAUGGUGGGAGCGACCAUGCCCACGGACCCGGCGCUGACUGACCUUGUGUCUCGCGUCCGUAUGGGUCUAACGCCAUCAGCGGUCCUCCCCAUCAUCACUGUUCAGAGCCCUGAACCACGUCGUGUUCCUGUCCCGGUCAGCUCUGAAGAAGAUUGGCUCGACGUGGCGACGUUGGCUACCCUGCCCGAGCACGUCGUUCAGACCUUGGUCCGGAAAUAUAUCCGACAUGUGUUCCCUCUGUCGCCAGUUAUAUCUCAGGAAGAAGUUAAUGAGAGCCUUGAAACCGUUCUGGUGACCAUGCGGGAAUUGAGGAACAAGAGCACCUCUAAGAGAGUUCGGCCUUCAUUUCCCUUUCUCGCUAUUUACCUCGUCCUUGCGAUAUCCUCUACGUUGGGAUGCGCAAAGACUCAGCACGAAUCCCGUUGUCUUGCUUUCUCGGAAGUCCUUUUUCACGAGGGUAUCUCGCACCUGACCACAAGCCUGCAAUAUCCAAACGACCUAGCCAGCCUUCAGGCUACUCUCCUCAUACUUCAAUACGCCGAAAUCAACCCGAAGUGUGCUAACAUCUGGAUCAUGAACGGAGCGGCCAUGCGCUGUUGUCUCGAAUUAGGCCUGCAUCGAGAGCCGGUAAGACCCAUCACUCUUGACAGAAAGACGAUUGAACUGCGAAGGAGACUCUUCUGGGCUGCGUACUGUAUGGAUCGUACUAUCUCCCCUGCACUCCAGCGACCCCUUUACAUUCCAGACGCUUUAAUAAAUGCUCGACUGCCUGAAUCACCAAGGAAUAAUGCAGAGGAGAGGGAAAUGUCCAAGCCCGCUGUACUAGAUUGGGUGAGCUACUGUCGAAUUCAGUCCGAAGUGAGCGAAGUACAUUUCCAGGGCAAGAUACUUGACUGCGACUGGGAGAGCUGGGUGAUCGAGGCCGAAAACAAACUCAUGCGCUGGUACCGCGACAAUCUAUCGUCUGACGAGGUGGUGGAAUUUGCCUAUGCUCAAGGCUUGGUCCGUAUUCAUAGACCAUCGCCCCGACGGUCUAUGCCCUCGACGGAGAGCCUGGUUACGGCCUUCGAAGCUGCAUCCCGAGCUGCCAGGCACAACCGUGAGCCAAUCUUGAAUGGGUUUCUGAGAAAACCAUGGCUUGCAGCGCACAACACUGCUGAAACUGCGAUGGUGGCUGUGUUUUGUCUGCGACAUGCUUUUGACGAGAUCUCUCAGAGGUACUCCGCCAGCGAGAUAUUUGACAAGACCAAGGUCUUCACCUCGAACCUACUGGCGCUUGCGGCACAUGGCUGGCCAGAAAUAUCGCAGUUCGCAGCCACAUUUGAGCGUCUGUUGGCCCCGCUCAUCAAUGGAAUCAUGAUGAAGACGUCAACAGCGUUGCUCAUGUACCCAUCCUCGCUGGAAGCUGAGCUCGACCAGUUUCUUCUGCCUGGCCCUUCCCGGAAAGAGACCUUCUUUGGGAAUGGCUUUCCCAAUAUAAUGGAAUUGAGCGGUUUUGAGGGCGGGUUAGGAGAGGACAUGAACUGGGAUGAAGCGUUCCUGGAGACUCUGGCAGCUACGACCGAUCCCUACAAUUGGGAGGAUGUGGCCCUGGGCCAUGAUGAAGUAAUGAACGAUUUCAUGGGGCAAUUGUCAUGA